AAGCCCGCCGAGGUCCUCGCGGGGCCCGUCCCGGGACUGGCCCCCGCCCCCAGCCCACUCCCACGGCGCCCGCCCCCAACGUCGGCCCCGCCCUCAGCCCCGCCCUCGACCCCGCCCUCGGCCCGGCUACGGGCGGCGUCAAGCCCUCCACGUCGCCCCGCUUCGCCUCCACCUUCGUGCCGCCCCUGGGCCCCGCCCUCGCCUCCACGCUGCCGCCCGCGCCCGCAGAGUCGCCGCAGAAGGAGCCGUCCUCGCCCACGCUCAUGAACCUGCGCGUCAAGGUGGCUCCGCCCGCGCCCGCUGACGCCAAGGGCCCCGCCCAGGCGCCCGCGCCCCCCGCGCCCCAGCCUCCCCACCCAUGUCCCCGCCCAAGGCCCAGCCGCCCGUGUUCCCCGGCUUCGGGCCCGUGCCGCAGCCGGCCCCCGGCCCCGCCCCCGGGCUGGCCCCCAGCUUCAUGCCCAGCCUCGGGCCCUCCAUGGGCCCCGCCCUCGGCGCCAUGAAGGCCCCCGCCCCCGCCCCG